AUAUAAAAUCACCCUCAUCAAAACACUCCAGCAUGUACUAAAACUUCAGCUUAAUCCCUGGCAUCAGUCUAAGUGAUUAGAUUUGCGAUAUUGGGAUUUUUAGUCCAUUGAAUUGGAUAUAUUUAUCCUCAUACAUGAUCUUAGGAGACAUUUGUUUUUGGUAACCACUCGCCCCAAGCCUAAAUAAGUUAAAACACAGAAGAAAAUGCAGAAGCGGAGGGCAGGGAGGAAGAAGUUCCACGAGACACGACACCCGGUGUACAAGGGAGUGAGGCAGAGGAACGGGAAGUGGGUAAGCGAGCUGCGACAACCUAACAACAAAAACGCGCGGGUGUGGCUCGGAACAUUCCCGCACCCCGACAUGGCUGCUAUAGCGUACGAUGUUGCCGCCUUGGCUUUCAAGGGCGACAGUGCUUCCUUAAACUUCCCGAACGCCGCCACCUCGUUUCCCCGCCUUAACUCGCGGACGUGUUCCGUUAGGGCCAUUCAGUUUGCGGCGACGCAGGCGGCGGAGAAGCAUUUUUCUUGUGUAGAGUCUCAACAACUCCAAAGGGAGGGAUCAGGCUCCGGAAGCUUCUCUUUGGACGAUGAUUCUUCGGAGUUUUCGUCCCAAGGAAGGUUCUUUUGGGAUGAAGAGGAAGUGUUUAACAUGCCGGAGUUGCUGAACUGCAUGGCGGAAGCGCUGAUUAUCACACCGCCGGCGUUGGAAAGAGGGUUCAAUUGGGUUGGUGGCGAAACGACUGUGGAUUUGACUCUGUGGUGAAACUGAUGACCACUUAGGUUCUCUGCAAACCAGAGAGGAACUUGCAAUUUCGAUCUGUUGCAAAAUAUUAUAUAUACUAAUAGUCUAAAGAUGUAGUUCAUCAUAUAUACUAGUACUGAUACAUUCAAAAGUUAUAUAGCGUUUGCUGUAUGGUUGAGAUUUUCGUCAAAAACAAGCUGUAUCAUAAAUCUUUUCUGUUAUACAUUUUAGAGAAACUUUAUGGUAUCUUUCAAAA